AUGAAUAGCAGCAACAGCAACAUCAACAGUAGCAAUCCAGAAUUAGAGGAAGAAGAGGUGUUCCAGAGAAUACAGACUCACUUCCCACCUGCCAAAAUCAAGAAAAUAAUGCAAACGGACGAAGAUAUUGGUAAAGUAUCACAAGCGACACCCGUUAUAGCAGGCAGGGCACUUGAAUUGUUUGUCUCAAUGCUAGUGUCGCAAGCUGGCCAAACGGCCCGUUCCACAGGUAACAAACGAAUCUCUGCGGACACUUUACGUGAAACAAUUAUGCAUUCGGAGAAAUUUGAUUUUUUACGCGAAGCCGUGUGCGGUGAUGAUGCGGAUGCGGAUGCUGUGGACGCUGUGGCGGAUGCUUCCGCCUCUGCUGACGGCAGCGAGUGA